AUGCCAUCCGCCAGGAAUUCCGGCCACAUUAUGAGCGGGGCGGGUUGCAAAGCGAACGGCGCCGUGUACCCCGCCUCGUCGGCGAUGUUGAACUCCGUGAAGAAGCCGAAGAUGGAGCAGAUUCAGGCCGACCAUGAGCUCUUCCUCCAGGCCUUUGAAAAGCCAACACAGAUAUAUAGAUUUCUUCGCACCAGGAACUUGAUCGCACCGAUAUUUUUGCACAGGACUCUUACCUUUAUGUCCCAUAGAAAUGGCCGCUCAAAUGCCAAAAGGAAAGCAUUCAAAGUAGAUAACAUGUUGCAAACUGUAGAAAGGAUGAAGGGAGAGCAGGAAUCUCCCAGUGUGUCUUCACAUCUGCAGUUAACUUUUACUGGGUUCUUCCAUAAGGAUGAAAAGCCAUCUCAGAACUCAGAGAAUGAGCAAAAUUCCGUUUCCUUAGAGGUGCUACUUGUCAAAGUCUGCCAUAAAAAACGCAAGGAUGUCAGCUGUCCAGUUAAGCAAGUGCCUACAGGUAAAAAGCAGGUGCCUUUGAACCCUGACAGCCAGCAAAGCAAGCUGGCCUCCUGUCCCUCAUUAGUGGUGUCCAGCAACGAGUUUGAACCCAGCAACAGCCACAUGGUCAAGUCCUACUCACUCCUCUUCAGGGUGUCUCGCACCAGCCGGAGGGACACCAACGGCUUGCCCAAUGGUGAAGCUAAUGAGAACAUUGAUGUGAGAGAUACUCAGAGUAGAAAGAAGAGGAACUCAUCUCUUAAGGAAGAAGGGGACACAACGGAGACAUAUGUUGCUCAAAUGACUGUCUUUGAUAAGAACAGGAGGUUGCAGCUGUUGGAUGGAGAGUAUGAGGUGUCCAUGCAAGGGAUGGAGGACAGCCCUGUGAGCAAGAAACGAGCCACAUGGGAAACAAUUCUUGAUGGCAAGAGACUUCCACCGUUUGAAACAUUUUCUCAGGGACCCACGUUGCAAUUUACUUUGCGCUGGACGAGUGACGCCAGCGGCAAGUCCACAGCCCCUGUAGCCAAACCUCUGGCUACCCGAAAUUCCGACACCUCUGGCCCUAUGGAGACCCGGACCAGCCACCACAAAACCACACCCUUGGCAUUGAAAGAGUCCGUCACUACAGAUAUCCAGACGAGAAAAGAGCUCGUUCCAUGUGAGCCACGCCAAAAGUUACGGAUAUUUUAUCAGUUCCUGUACAAUAACAAUACGCGGCAACAGACGGAGGCAAGGGAUGACCUUCACUGUCCAUGGUGCACGCUGAACUGCAGCAAACUCUACAGCCUUCUCAAACACCUCAAACUCUCCCAUUCACGCUUCAUCUUCAACUAUGUGCCUCACCCCAAAGGAGCAAGGAUAGAUGUGUCCAUUAAUGAGUGCUACGACGGCUCGUACGUUGGCAAUCCACAGGACAUCCACAGCCAACCGGGCUUCGCUUUCAGCCGCAAUGGCCCCGUCAAGAGGACUGCAGUCACCCACAUUCUGGUUUGCAGGCCCAAGAGGACCAAACCGAGCCUCUCUGAGUUUCUGGAAUCUGAGGAUGGCGAGUUGGAGCAGCAAAGGACCUAUGUGAGUGGACACAACCGGCUCUACUUCCAUAGUGACAGCUGCAUGCCGCUGCGACCCCAAGAGAUGGAAGUAGACAGUGAGGACGAGCGGGACCCUGAGUGGCUCAGAGAGAAGACCGCAACGCAACUGGACGAAUUCACAGACGUCAAUGAGGGAGAGAAAGAAGUGAUGAAGCUGUGGAACCUUCAUGUCAUGCAGCAUGGCUUCAUAGCAGACAACCAGAUGAACCAGGCCAUCAUGCUUUUCGUGGACGACUGCGGCGCUCACAUCAUCCGCCGCAACCUGUGCCGAAACUUCCUCCUGCACCUGGUGAGCAUGCACGACUUCAACCUGGUGGUCACGGCCACUAUCGACCGGGCCAUGACACGCCUGAAGCAGAUCCAGGAGGAGCUCCCGGAGGACACCGAGGAGCGGCAGGAGCGAACGCUGCUUGCGGUGGCGGGAAGCUGCAACGGCAGUGUGGCUUCCUCCGGUGUGGGGAAGCAGGGCAAGAGGACAAAAAGCGCUCUCACGGACUGA